UCAUCAUUCACAGCUCAGCUCAGGGGGGGAUGACAAGCGGGUGAUGCGGAGUGCCUUCGUUUCUACCUGAGAGCCUGUCUUUGUAUCGGUCACAAGUCGCAGCAAUGGCGGGCCACGGCGAUCUACAGGAGAUGCUGCGCAUGCUGACGGCGCGCAAAGCAUCCAUGAUGGCGGCAAUGGGUUACAUCAGAUCGCUGCAAUCCAAGAAUCUCAAAAGCAUCGAGCAGAUUGCUGAGGCGCCUUCAUCCACUAUUGAAGAGGCCAUCGGCGACGCGAAGCUUGCCAAGAGCUUUCACACGGCGUGCAAGUCGCACGGCAAGAAGAGCAAUAAGCGUGCGGCUGAGGAGCCCGCGUCAGCCGACAGGAAGAAGCCCAAGCUUGAGAUGCACAAACGGGACCUGGACUACAACUCCAUGACGCCGGAAGAGCUCGAAGGGUCGUUGACGCUCCCUCUGUGUGAGGACGAGGAGCUGAUCAAGGAGACCACGCUGGUUACCAACAGAGCCCCGUUGGUGCUUGCGUUUGCGGUGGAACUGCUACGAUUCACGAUGCCCGAGCAGCCUCCCAGUAGUCGUCUAAGUCUAGCUCAGGCCGUGGUGAGUGCAAACUCGAGAUCCAAAGCUAUAAGCAUAGGCAUCGAAAAGGCACCGGUGGGUGGAGAGACGCCAGUACCAACCGGCCAACCCAAGGUUUCGGUUCUAGGACGAGAAAUCCCCGUUUUAAAGAGAGGUGGCUAUACAUGGACCGACGAGAAGCAACAAUCUUCGUCAUCUGCAGACGCAGCAAGCUCGUCAUCAUCAACAAUAACGUCAACAGCGUCUGACAGUAUCUGGGCAACGAGCAGCAAGCUUACUUCAAAGGGAUCUGUAUUCGUCGCGCAUGCAGCUCCAAUAACGUCGCCAUCCAUGCGCUCAGGUCUUAUGAAGAUCUUGUUCAACAAAUAUCCUGAUCUAGAGAAGACGGCAGACCACGUUGCGUGGGCGAUUCGUACCAGUUUUGGCGGCUCAUCCCUCGUACAAGAGGCUUCGUUUGAUGAUGGCGAAGCGGGCUGCGGCAAGUUCAUGCUAGAACUCUUGCGUGAAUCAAACAUCACAAACACAACCGUUGUGCUCGCUCGAUGGUACGGCGGAGUCUUGUUGGGACCUGAUCGAUGGCGACUUAUGCGGGAAUGCCUCAACGAUGCGCUUUCGGCUCAGCGGCGGACAUCGUCGUUUUCUGGCGAGGCGCUCUGGGGGCUUGACGCAGAGGAUAAGAAGCCAGCCGUAUCAACAAUCGGCAUGGCCAUUCACCGUCCUGAGGGCGCAAGAAAUUAUCUUUUACGGAGUUUUGUCUCGGCCGGUGGUGACGGCGGUGGGAGUAAGAAGACUGCAGCCGCGCUGAAUGACGAGAAGCAAGAGAAUCUGGGGAGGUUGUUGGGAGCUCUUCGACUGCUCUUUGCGAGUUGGGCUGGAGUUUUGGGACGAGCUGAGCUGGAUCGAAGAGCGUGGAGCUGGUAUGUGGCCGUUCGCCCAGACAUAGAGGCGGGCCCGUCUGGGUGGGGAGAGAAGGGGAAGUUGAAACUAUCCAAAAUAUUGGAUUUGAGGCGAAAGGAACCUUUGGGAGCAAAGUGAUUGGCAACUUGGUGGUUUCGGUUAGCGGGCAUGAUGUUUUUUUCACGACGACCUACCCAGUAUCUACCUAGUAGCUUGGGCGAUGUACUAUAUACACUAGCUUUAUUAUGGAAGUUUCCUGUCAGGUAAUGGAUAUCAAUUGAUUAAAUUUCUUUAUCACG